AUGUCACAGCCUUAUGGGCUUAUGCCCAAUCUUACCGGGGCUUACCGUACUGCCGAGGGCCACAGGCCGAUUUGUGAGACCCAAACAAUGGCCCCACUUAUCCCGUCACCUCUUGCCCCGGUCCCACCUCACCAUGUGACUAGACCACUUAUGUGAAGAAGCUUAAGGACUCAACGUGUCAAAUCUGCCACUCUCCCCGAAUCCCAUUGUUUUGGUAGAUGCUUAGAAAUAGAAAGGCUUUGUUGAGAGCUGGAAAAGUCACUGUACCGUUCUACUGUUAUUCUGUGGAAAAGCCAUGACUCAUUGUUGGGGCUUCUGACCACCUGAUCUGACCAGGACAAACUGGGCCCGUAGUUAUAGACUAUAACACCUAGGUCAGGUCACAUAGUCAGGAAAAACUCCUAGCCCACCCAUGGGAGAUCGACUGCCCCCUCUCAUUGAAGCCACGAAGUUCAAGGCAGACCGCGGUACUGCAAGCAUUGUUAGCAGAAAACAGGAUCCCCCAUUAUAGUGAAGGGGAAAAUGUCAAUCUUCGUGUAAAUAAAUAAACAUUUCGAAGUAUGUCCUUGAACCAAUUUUUAUUUUAAAAUCGCACACAGGAGAAAUUGUAAGUAUAAUUUACUAGCUAAUGGCAGCCUGCAGUGCCCCAAAAAUCCCAGAAAUAUAUGCAUAUACACUACAUGACCAAAAGUAUGUGCAGUGACUUGCUUCCAUUCAGCUACAAGAGCAUUAGUGAGGUCGGGCACUGAUGUUGGGCGAUUAAUCCUGGCUCGCAGUCGGCAUUCCAAUUCAUCCCAAAGGUGUUCGAUGGGGUUUAGGUCAGGGCUCUCUGCAGGCCAGUGAAGUCCACACCGAUCUCGACAAACCAUUUCUCUAUGGACCUCGCUUUGUGCACGGGGGCAUUGUCAUGCUGAAACAGGAAAAGGCUUUCCCCAAACUGUUGCCACAAAGUUGGAAGCACAGAAUCGUCUAGAAUGUGAUUGUAUGCUAUAGCAUUAAGAUUUCCCUUCACUGGAACUAAGGGGCCUAGCCCGAACCAUGAAAAACAGCCCCAGAUCAUUAUUCCUCCUCCACCAAACUUUACAGUUGGCACUAUGCAUUGGGGCAGGUAGUGUUCUCCUGGCAUCUGCCAAACCCAGAUUCGUCCGUCGGACUGCCAGAUGGUGAAACGUGAUUCAUCACUCCAGAGAACGCGUUCCCACAGCUCCAGAGUCAAAUGGCGGCAAGCUUUACACCAGUCCAGCCAAUGCUUGGCAUUGCACAUGGUGAUCUUAGGCUUGUGUGAGGCUGCUCGGCCAUGGAAACCCAUUUCAUGAAGCUCCCGAUGAACAGUUCUUGUGCUAAACAUUGCUUCCAGAGGUAGUUUGGAACUCAGUAGUGAGUGUUGCAACUGAGGACAGAAGAUUUUUACGCUUUGCGUUUCAGCAAUCGGCGGUCCCGUUCUGUGAGCUUGUGUUGCCAACCACUUCGUGGCUGAGCCGUUGUUGCUCCAAGACGUUUCCACUUCACAAUAGCAGCACUUACAGUUGACUGGGGCAGCUCUAGCAGGGCAGAAAUUUGACGAACUGGUGCCACGUUGAAAGUCACUGAGCUCUUCAGUAAGGCCAUUCUACUGCCAAGGUUUGUCUAUGGAGAUUGCAUGGCUGUGUGCUCAAAUCCACUAAUUUGAAGGGGUGUCCACAUACGUGUGUGUGUAUGUGUACUGUAUGUAUAUGUGUGUAAAACGGUGUGUAUACAUCACAUUAGAUAUUCAAUGAGAGGGGGCAGCACUGAGCUAGCCUGCAACGUCACUUCCUGGAGUAACUCAAACUGCGCAUGUUAUGUCUCUAUAAAACUCCCACAUGAGAUGCCAUCUUAAAUGACUGCCCAUCUGUUAUAUUCUUACUGAACUGUAGAUAUGGAUUAAAACAUUGAAGGCCAUUUGGUUAGCAUAACCUAUCCCUUGUAGUCUUAACAAGCAGACAUGUAAGCAUUGACUCUGAUAGUAAUGGCUUGGCUGGGGCUGAUGGUACAGUAUGAGCACUGGUCUGGGUGUGAUGGAGGAUGAAUAGGGGAAUGUGUGUUUGUGUAGGGAUGUGCUGAGAGAUGUGUCAUAUGGGAUGAAAAUGUCUACUGUACAGCCCAAGGCCUCCAGAGAUUGACACAGCCAGACCUAUGGAAGAAAUGAACAGCACAGCACAGCACAGCUCUGGUGUUUGGUGUGGCUGACUAUGAUGUCUAUGGUACCAUCAGGACUGUCACUGGUAAAGGCCUCCCUCUAACUUGCAUGGGACACUAUGGCGCUUCUUCAGUCCUCCAUCAAGCUCCAGAGGAAAAUAAUAAACACAGUUUACGUCAUUUGGCAUGAUCACAAAGACAGCCCAACAGUCAUGCUGAUUGAUGGAAGCAGUAGGAUUAUUUUAUUUAACUUUGUUUCUUCCUUAAGCUUCUUCUCAUCUGGUCCCAACCCAAUAGUCAGAGAACAGUUCAUUUUGUGUGUGUGUGUGUGUACAGGGCAGAGCCAAAGACUCAAUGACAACAGAUACCCUUUGGCCAGCAUUGUUUAAAAUUCAACUGUGCCUCUAAUCGAAAAACAAAUGGUGAGAAAAUAGUUUUCCCCUCUCGCCCUUUCUUUCGUUCUUUCUCUCUAUUUCUUUCUUUCUCACAUUAUGACUCAUUUUAAUAUUGUUUUUAAAUGGGUCAGCAGAUGUUAUAAAAUGGAGUGACAGGGGGAGGUAGGGAAGAAGAGGGUGAGGGAGGGGGAGAGUUUGCCAAUACCAAUAGUUUGGUUUUCCACAUGGGCGGAGAGAGAUGGACCUUUAAGAGAAGAGAACGGAGCGUUCAGUUCCAGACGACUUCUCCUGCUCUGCACCCCACAGACUCUCAUUUACAUCUGAAUAUCCUGCAAAAUACCAUUCAACAAGGAGGAACAGUUUACACAUGUCUAUAAAAAAAAAACACUUCCCCUUGAAGUGUUACUAAUCAUAGCAUGCUACUUUUGGCCAACACUAAGUUUCAGUGAAGGCUCAUCUUGCUGCUAUUUAGCAGUUAACAGGAUUUAUGUUUGUAUUCUGUUUGCAGUUUGAAAAUAUGGACUGUUUAACCAUAAUCCAUACACACUCACUUCCCCAUUCUACAAUGAUAGCAAACUUUGGUUUUUGUGAUAUUAAGCUGAUCUUUGCUACGUCUUCCUUGAACUCCCCCAUGUAAGCCCAGGAAAUGUCCAUGGUAUUAUGUAAAGGCACUGAAUCAAAGAGCGGGACAAACAAGAGUUCCAUCCAUCCUGUCUGUCUGGGUGACUCAGAGAAAAACACAUGAUGCCAUGAGCAGCCUGCCGCCCGGGAGUUUACGCUUGUCCACAGAUUUACGAGCACGCUCCGAACAUGAUGAUACGCUCGCACAAACAAUGAUUUCAUACAAAUAACAGACUGACAGACAGACUGAGGGAUUGGCUGGACCUGGACAACAGUCAGUCGACUGGCGUGGUUGGACUGGUGUUCCUAAUAUAAUCUGCUGAGUCAUUCACAGAGACCCUCUUGUGGGCAAAGCCCUGGUCUGGUCUACUCUGGCUGGGCAGCCCUGGGCUGGAGUCUGGCUGUGCCCUAAGCAGUCUAAGAGGACAACUAGCCUAAGCAGAGGCCCAUCUUUGCUUGGCAAAGGCUUUUAUGUAUUUUAAACAGAAUGAUAUUAAAUGGAGCCAUGUACAGUAGAUGGCAUGUGUUGAAGAGAGUAGCGUUCUCUACCUGGCCUUUUUACCUACAGCAGGGCUUCCUCGUCCUCGUCCCAGUGACCUACUGUGGUGCACAUCUUUAAUGUUGCCCAGCACUGAAAAGCCUGAUUCAUUUAAUCAAGGGCUUGAUGGUUAGAUUAUCAAUUGAAUCUGUUUAUCCCCCAAGAGUUGUACACUUUUCUCUGUGGUUGAACUUACUACAAGACCAUGGUGCUUGCCUACGGAGCUGUGAGGGGAACGGCACCUCCUUACCUUCAGGCUCUGAUCAGACCCUACACCCAAACGAGGGCACUAUGUUCAUCCACCUCUGGCCUGCUAGCCCCCCUACCUCUACGGAAGCACAGUUCCCGCUCAGCCCAGUCAAAGCUAUUCGCUGCUCUGGCACCACAAUGGUGGAACAAGCUCCCCCACGACGCCAGGACAGCAGAGUCACUGACCACCUUCCGGAGACACUUGAAACCCUACCUCUUUAAGGAAUACCUGGAAUAGUAUAAAGUAAUCCUUCUUCCCCCACCCCCCAUACAAAAAAAAAAAAAAGGUGGUUGUCCCACUGGCUAUCAUAAGUUGAAUGUUCCAAUUUUCAAGUCGCUCUGGAUAAGAGCGUCUGCUAAAUGAUGUAAAUGUAACUUGUCUAUGAAACUGCUGCAUAAGGCAUGUCUGUAAAUAGAAUCAGGAUGAUGUGAUGGAAACUGAAAUGGAAAUGUUUGAAAGAAGGGUGGUGGUAGAACAGGCACAUGGAUAGAUAGGGGAGGAAAGGAGGGGGAGGAGAGGAAGUGAAGAGGAUUCAGUCAAGGUGGGGAGCUGUGGAAUAGUGAAUAAUAGGAAAACAGGCCAGUACAAAUUUGUUUGGAUUUUCUAAGAAAAGUACCUCGGCUAAUUCUUCUUGUUUUUGCUUGUUACUGUUGGUCUACAUUAUGUUUGUCCCUGUCUGUGUUUCAGGUCCGCACAGCCGUGUUUCGCGGUGCCCCCCCAACGAGUACCAGUGUGGGGGGACAGAGCUGUGUAUCCACAUGAGUAAACUGUGCAACGGGUUCCCGGAGUGUACCGACGGCUGGGACGAGGGGCCACACUGCAGAGGUAUUAAACACUCUCUCCCUCACUCCGUUCAAGUAGCCAGUACAGAUGGCUUAGUGUAUUGUACCAUAACCCUCCCCAUACAUUCUCUACCCAGGCAGGGAAUCUUGCUGCACUACAAUGGAGGGGAGGUGAUCUGGCCAUUGAUUCUAACAUAGCCAUGCACUAAGGCUUAUCUUCCUACACCCACAUUAAUGUACACAGCACAUGCAUGCUGCCCACUUCAAAUACAACACUCCAUCUUUUAAAAUUGGAUUAUGAUUAUGACGGAUUACUGCAGAUUUACAUGUAAAGAAACGUGUGGGAGUAUAAUAACAUGAGUUGGUUUAUUUUCCACCAAGCAUAGUUGAACUCCCGUGGGGGUUUGCAAGUCCAACUACCUACAGUAUUGCUCCUAUUUCUGGCCCUGGUUUACUAUAAUUAACCUGAAUGUGUUUAAUGUAUAAUACACAGUGGACCGACGCACAUUAUACUGCAAAGUUAUUAAAAACAUUUUUGCCAAGGUUUUUUACCCUCAUCUAAUGUAAGGCUAUAGAAAGCUUUUGUGCCCCCCCAUCUGUAGCUUUCUCUUUCCCCCUUUCCCCUCACUUUCCAUCCCCCUCUUUUUUUUAAUUAGUCUCUCUCUCUCCUUUAUUAUCACACUCUUAUGUAGUUUUUUCUCAUGGGAGAAAAAAGCAAUUAUCUCAUCAAUGAAGAUGUUGCUAUGUAAGCAGGGUUGAGUGUUAAAUGUGAGUGUGUGUGUGUGUGUGUGUGUGUGUGUGUGUUUUUGUUGAACUAUAGUACCAGAAGUCCUCACAAGGAUAAUAAAACAAGGGAAAUAGGGACAUUUUAACGGUCCCCAUGAGGAAAAUAACUAUUAUAGGCUUAGGGUUACAAUUAGGGUUAGAAUUUAAGGUUGGGGUUACAGAUAGGUAUAGUUUUGGGGUUAAGGUUAGGUUAAAGGUUAUGGUUAAGUUAAGGGUUAGGGAAAAUAGGAUUUUGCAUGGGAAUUAAUUAUUUGGUCCCUACAAAGAUAGCAAUAGAAAAGUGUGUGUGUGUUUGUUUUUUACCAUCCUUGUGGGUACCAGAAGUCCUCACAAGGAUAGUAAAACAAUGACAAUUCCGACAAGUGGGGACAUUUUGCCGGUCCCCACGAGGAAAAAUGCUAUUUUAGGCUUAGGGGCUAGAGUUAGAUAUAGUUUUAAGGUUAGGGGUUUGGGGUUAAGGUUAGGUUUAGGGUCAAGUUAGGGUUAUGGUUAGGUUAAGUUUAGGGUUAGGGGUUAGGGAAAAAUAGGAUUUUGGAUGGGAAUCAAUUAUUUGGUCCCCACAAGGAUAGCAAUAUACAACUGUGUGUGUGUUCUGGCUUUCCCAAAACAAAAACUGGGAGCACACUCAAAUCAUGAUUAUCCGGCUUGGAUUAUGUAUUUUCCGGAUUAACUGUGCCAAUGAAAGUUUUAAACAUUUGCAUUCCUAACUAAAACCACGUGCUCAUUCUGAUUCGGUUGGCCAAACGGAGAGAAAGGAAAACGUGAUCAUGUGAAAAGCCUACGUGUGGAUUUUUAUUGGACGGGCGAGCUACAGGACAGGGUAGAUGGAUGGAUGGGGGUAGCAGAAGCGCUUAACGUAAUCUAAUACCCAUGGCUGGCACAACCCAUGGCUGGCAUGGUUGGCCAACGACAUAAAUUGGAGGUUCAAAGACGGGGGUAAAAAGAGCCCCCUACUACUAGUACCUAUUACUAUACUAGAAUAAUAUUAUGUACUGUACUGUUAUACACAACUCAUACUCCCUCUAUCACACACUAUUUCUACACAUACACACUCCCCCUCUGUGUGCACCUGUUUUGGGAACGCCCCGUCCCUGGGAUCCUAGUUGCCAUCCGGAGGGAGGCGGCCUUGGAAACCCCUCUGCUCCUCUAGCACUAACAGGGCCAUUACACAGACAGACAGACGGGCCUUUCAUUUUGUCUAGCGUACAGUGGCUUGUGAAAGUAUUCACCCCCCCCCCCCUUGGCAUUAUUCCUAUUCUGUUGCCUUACAACCUGGAAUUAAAAAUGGAUUUUGGGGAGGUUUGUAUCAUUUGAUUUACACAACAUGCCUACCACUUUGAAGAUGCAAAAUAUUUUUUGGGGUGAAACAAAUAACAAAAGAAAAAAACUGAAAACUUGUGCGUGCAUAACUAUUCACCCCCCCCCAAAGUCAAUACUUUGUAGAGCCACCUUUUGCAGCAAUUACAGCUGUAAGUCUCUUGGGGUAUGUCUCUAAGCUUGGCACAUCUAGCCACUGGGAUUUUUGCCCAUUCGUCAAGGCAAAACUGCGCCAGCUCCUUCAAGUUGGAUUGGUUCCGCUGGUGUACAGCAAUCUUUAAGUCAUACCACAGAUUCUCAAUUGGAUUGAGGUCUGGGCUUUGAUUAGGCCAUUCCAAGACAUUUAAAUGUUUCCCCUUAAACCACUCAAGUGUUGCUUUAGCAGUAUGCUUAUGGUCAUUGUCCUGCCUGAAGGUGAACCUCUGUCCCAGUCUCAAAUCUCUGGAAGACUGAAACAGGUUUCCCUCAAGAAUGUCCCUGUAUUGAGCGCCAAUCAUCAUUCCUUCAAUUCUGACCAGUUUCCCAGUCCUUGCCGAAUGAAAAACAUCCACACAGCAUGAUGCUGCCACCACCAUGCUUCACUGUGGGGAUGGUGAUGAGAGGUGUUGGGUUUGCGCCAGACAUAGCGUUUUCCUUGAUGGAAGUUUACAUGCACUCAAUUAGUAUUUGGUAGCAUUGCCUUUAAAUUGUUUAACUUGGGUCAAACGUUUCAGGUAGCCUUCCACAAGCUUCCCACAAUAAGUUGGGUGAAUUUUGGCCCAUUCCUCCUGACAGCGCUGGUGAAACUGAGUCAGGUUUGUACGACUCCUUGCUCACACACGCUUUUUCAGUUUUGCCCACAAAUGUUCUAUAGGAUUGAGGUCAGGGCUUUGUGAUGGCCACUCCAAUACCUUGACUUUGUUGCCCUUAAGCCAUUUUGCCACAACUUUGGAAGUAUGCAUUGUCCAUUUGGAAGACCCAUUUGUGACCAAGCUUUAACUUCCUGACUGAUGUCUUGAGAUGUUGCUUCAAUAUAUCCACAUCAUUUUCCUUCCUCAUGAUGCCAUCUAUUUUGUGAAGUGCACCAGUCCCUCCUGCAGCAAAGCACCCCCACAGCAUGAUGCUGCCACCCCUGUGCUACACAGUUGGGAUGGUGUUCUUCGGCUUGCAAGCACCCCCUUUUUUAUUAUGGCCAAACAGUUCUAUUUUUGUUUCAUCAGACCAGAGGACAUUUCUCCAAAAAGUACGAUCUUUGUCCCCAUGUGCAGUUGCAAACCGUAGUCUGGCUUUUUUUAUGGCGGUUUUGGAGCAGUGGCUUCUUCCUUGCUGAGCAACCUUUCAGGUUAUGUUGAUAUAGGACUCGUUUUACUAUGGAUAUAGAUACUUUUGUACCUGUUUCCUCCAGCAUCUUCACAAGAUCCUUUGCUGUUGUUCUGCGAUUGAUUUGCACUUUCCGCAUCAAAGUACGUUCAUCUCUAGGAGACAGAACGUGUCUCCUUCCUGAGCGGAAUGAUGGCUGCGUGGUCCCAUGGUGUUUAUACUUGCGUACUAUUGUUUGUACAGAUGAACGUGGUACCUUCAGGCGUUUGGAAAUUGCUCCCAAGGAUGAACCAGACUUGUGGAGGUCUACAAUUUCCUUUCUGAGGUCUUGGCUGAUUUCUUUUGAUUUUCCCAUGAUGUCAAGCUAAGAGGCACUGCGUUUGAAGGUAGGCCUUGAAAUGCAUCGACAGAUACACCUCCAAUUUACUAAAAUGAUGUCAAUUAGCCUAUCAGAAGUUUCUAAAGCCAUAACAUCAUUUUCUGGAAUUUUCCAAGCUGUUUGAAAGGCACCGUCAACUUAGUGUAUGUAAACUUCUGACCCACUGGAAUUGUGAUACAGUGAUUUAUAAGUGAAAUAAUCUGUCUGUAAACAAUUGUUGGAAAAAUUACUUGUCAUGCACAAAGUAGAUGUCCUAACCGACUUGCCAAAACUAUAGUUUGUUAACAAGAAAUAUGUGGAGUGGUUGAAAAACCAGUUUUAAUGACUCCAACCUAAGUGUAUGUAAACUUCAGACUUAAACUGUAUACUGAGAUCAUGUGACAGAUCAUGUGACACUUAGAUUGCACACAGGUGGACUUUAUUUAACUAACAAAGGGGGUGAAUACAUAUGCACGCACCACUUUUCCGUUAUUUAUUUUUUUGAAUUUUUAGAAAGUUAUUUUUUAGAUUUCACUCCACCAAUUUGGACUAUUUUGUGUAUGUCCAUUACAUGAAAUCCAAAUAAAAAUCAAUUUAAAUUACAGGUUGUAAUGCAACAAAAUAGCAAAAACGCCAAGGGGGAUGAAUACUUUUGCAAGGCACUGUAUAUGUAUGUGUCUGUGCAGGCUUGCAUUCUGUGUGUUUGUAUGUUUGAAUAAGUGUAUGGGUUGGCUGUGUAUGGGUGUGUGCAUUUGCCAUUUGUGCGUGUGUUGGAGCAUCUGGUGGAUAUGCAACGUGUGUGUGUGUGUGUGUGUGUUAAGUGUGUAUUGUAUGCAUGUUGUGUGUGUGUGUGCUUGCACACGCUGGCUGGUGUGUGAGAGUUGUUGGCUGGGCCCUGUGGGGCUGGUAAUGGGCCUGACUGGGCCCAGCCUCUUAUGUAAUCUCAUGGCCAGGCUGGCUGAACUGAGGGAGGGGUUGUCUCAGGUAUGGCACUGCCUACUCCCACUCCCACUCCACCUAGAACCUCUACCACUAUUUUCUUGAGGUUUGACAGUGGUGGUAUAUCAACCUUACGGUACCUACAAAACCUCUGUAAAAACUGUUCCUGCAAAGUAUUCAUCUUACUGUUGAGAAACCUUUGACUUUAGCAAGCAGUCCCAGUAGCUUGGUUGUUGUUGUUCUAGUCUAGUAUUUCUACAGGUUAGUGUAUAGAAUUUAAACACAGUGUGCUAAACACCACGACCACAUCUUUGGAUCCCAUGAGACACCUGUCACCUCCAUUCCCAUUCCUCCAUCCCUCCACCACUUCAGAGGGAAGGCGAGCGAAGGAUUAAAUAUUUAUCCCAGUAACAAGGAGACAGGCAUGGGAGGGGACAUAAAAUGUUCAUGCCACUUCACGGUGGCAGGGCUUUUAGUGGUGUGUGUCCGUGUGUGUGUGUGUGUCCAUAGGCCAGCUUUCAUCUUCCCAGAGGGUCAAAUGCCAGGGUAGGGGAGUACGCAUGCCUCAUACAUUCCUCACGGUUAUCAGAGUGCUCACAUCAAUAUUCUUGGUGCCCGGGUGUUUUAAAUGGGGGUGCCCUGAUUUGUUAUCGGAAUGCCCGACACUCCUGGGCACCCCUGCCAAGCCAUGGUGGUUGUUGAAUGAUAUCCAAUAUACCUUAUCCUGCAAGGGGGCAUAUGCUUUAUUGGUGUGUCUGCAUUGCUGUACCUCCAUUGUAACAACCCACAGUGACAUUAAGGUGAUGGUAUGAUUUGUGGUACAUCUUAUAAGUUACGCCUGCUGCAUGGUGCUUCUACAGAGCUUUUAGAAGUUUGAUAAAGCUAUGUAGCUAUAGAUUGCCACCAGCAAUAGGCAAAACUGUUGAUAUGUGUUUCUUUCUUUGUGCUACUAAGCAAUACUGUUCUGAACUGUGGUAAACAAACAGGAAUGCCAGCUACUUUAGGUGCACCACCUCUAAGAACAAACUCUUAGUUUGGCACUUGUGUUAAAUAUUCAAUGUUCUCCUUUUUCCACAACCUAUUCUCUCUCUCCGUUUCCCUCUAAUGUACCACUCUGUCUCCUUUUCCCUCUCCCUCUCAUUUCCCUCCCUCCCUCUCUCUCUCUCUGAUGGGUAGUGACAGUGUGAAUGGGCAGGUGUUGUCUCAGUGUGAGUCAUAGGUAUAGAUAAUCCAGGUUUGAUGUGACCACUGUUGUUUUGUCUCUGCUGCUCUGACUCAGAACACUGGCCCUGCAUAUACAGGUUUUCCCACAGUAUGUAGUGGUGAGAACUCAUGAAUCCAUGAGAAGUAGCUGAGAUGACUGAGGUGUGUCAAGGUGUGAGCUUGUGACAGCAUUAUUGAGGUGUAGGGCUGAAUGACUCAUCGCGCGUGUAUUUGUGGUCCGCCUUGGCACAGGCCUGCCCUGCCUGAGAGCGAUUGAUUAGUGCUGUGCUGCAGUGUUUGCCUGUGGAUUUCUCUCCCUGGCCGGGCACACAAAGACCCCAUUGUGUGUGUGAUUGAGUGUGCGUGUGGAUGCACGCUGCGUUUCAGCUAGGGCCCAUUCUCUGUAUAACCCUUUACCAAUCACUAAACACCCACACACAACACUGACCAUCUCUCUCUCUCUCUCUCUCUCUCUCUCACACACACACACACACACACACACACACACACACACACACACACACACACACACACACACACACACACACACACACACACACACACACCUAAAACCAAACUCUGGCCACCACACACACCUAACACAACCUACUCUCCCACCAACUAAAACCACCCACUCUUUAACAUGCACUUCUUUUCUCUUGGGUUUAGAUCAGUUCACUGGGUUUCGGGAGCACUGAUUGCCUAUAGGAAGCUGAGAGAUGCACUUUUCCUGAGGCCCAGAGAUAGGGCUGUGGCGGUCAUGAAAUUUUGUCAGCCGGUGGUUGUCAAGGAAAUAACUGCCGGUCUCACGAUAAUUGACCGUUAAUUAACAUAAACACAUUUAGCAUUUCCUGGCUUCCAGCAUAUCCUACAAGCCACUGAUGCAGACCUUUGGAACAUCUAGAUUUUAAAAAAUCGAAUAAAUCCAUGUAAUAUAGCCUACACCAUCACAAUAAAUCCAUUAUUUAUUUUAGACAGGUCUAAAGAAACAUGAUAAGAAGAAAAUGUCGUCUAUUUCAGAAGAACAGAACAGCAUUCUCUGAGUUGUCCUGAUGUUAGGCCCUGAUAUGGCUAUGCCAUAUGGCUCUGGGCUACACUAGUUCAUUUAGCAGACAAGAUUUGCAUAGAAUUCCAUGGCAUUAUUUUAUAGUAUGAAGAAUACAAUUGAACAAAGCUGAAUAAAAUAAAGGAUUUAAGGGAGUGCGCAAAUGCGGCUAUUCUGUGUUGAGCGGUUAACAAAGAAACAGGUACUCCUAUAGGCUUAAUUUAGAGUUAUUUAUGUAACUUUAGUUGUGAUACAAACGUUGGGCUAUAUGUUUAGAUGUUUUAUACAUUCUAAGGCUGCAUGAUGCGACUCUAAUUAUGAUUUGAAAAAAUGAAGGCUGUACACACUUCAUAUGUCUCUCAUUCACAAUUUGACAAGCACUUGAUAAUGCCUCGAAUUUCCUGGCUGCAUCCCCUUUGUGUGGCCGUAAUGCCCCCUAAAAAAAUCCAUGCCUUUUGCGGCCAGUGGCCGUUGUGCCCUUGGUAUGAAUAUAAUAAUUAGAAUUCCCUUCUCCCAGCUGCGUGUGGGAGCACCUCUCACUCACAUGGCUCUCAGUCACGUGAUCGGGCUUCUCAUAGGCAACAAGUGAAGACAGACACAUCUGGGGGGCAACUGCGCGCGUCCUUAUCCAAUUCCGAGGUGCAUAUUGAAGAUAUUUACUUUUCGUCAGCCAACAAGAUGAGUAGGCCUAACGAACAGCAAAAGCGCUAGUCUAUGUCAAUCUACUAACCCCAUAGUACAAAAGUUGACCUAUUCUGUGCGAUAAAUAAAUAUUCCAAACAUAGUCUGGGACAAUUGUGGGAUGCGAUAGAUCCCAAAUGAAUACAACCACUAGCAUCAAAAAACCUGUUUUAAGCAAUGAGCCUGACGCAACAGAUCAGAACAUUCAUCUUAAAAUGCUAUUUCUUCACAUAAGCGCAACAAUGUGCACACGGCAGUAGGCUAUAAGCAUGAAUGUUCAAUUAGCAGAAAACACCAUUAUCAAAAGUGACCAUAAAUGCAAUUAUGCAUGUCAUACUUUAUUAUAAAUGUGCAUUUUUAUUGUGAAAAUUAUCUUCCCCAAACUUGAAACUCACACGCUGCGUAUGUAUGCCAGUUAGGCUCUACACCAGUUGUAAAGUUGAUUCAUGUGCUUCAUUUUAAGAAGUUAUUUGGCCACUUUUAGUUGUGAUACAAACCUUAUCAAAACAUAUAGGCCUAUGUGCUAGGCUACAUGAGGUGACUAUGAUUUGAAAAAGUUGCAACAAAAAAAAGCAUGCACUGUUUGCCUUAAGCUGGGCAUCAUUCACAAGUGAUAGGCUAAUAUUGUCACCCAUCACACUAUUCUUGAUUUAAUCUUGUCUUUACAUAUACAAAAUAAUAUGUGUGAAAUUUGUUUUGAUUUAGAAUGGACCAUUAUCAUGCACCUGUCUCGAAAAAAUAUAUAAACAUGUCAUCUAUGCACAUAAAUAGCGAAUGGAGGACGCUCUUCCGUGGUUCAUUUUCAUGCCAGCAAGGUAGGCUAUACUCCUGUUUUAAAGAGAAGCAAUGUGCUUAAUAUUAGGAAAGUUGAGAAAUAAAUAUAGUAGGCUGAUGGGAUCCUCUUUUUAAUAGUCAUCAAUCUGUUUUCUAAUGCUAUUGCAUAGCCUAUAGAAAUGUUGCGCAACAUCAGCUCAUGGGCUCUCAUCGAUUUUCGAUUAUAUUUGCAUUGAUGUCAGUGAUUAUAGGGACAAUAGAGUGCGGGGUACCAGGCAGUUAGCACGUUUGGUAGGCUACUAAUGACCAUCAGAGCUUGGAGAAGCAUAAUAACCGUGACUAAACGGUCACGUGGAAUUUGACAGCCAUCAUGACUCGUGACCGCCGGUGUGGCCAUUUUGCAUCCCCAAGCUUUCCUGUUUCCCCAUGCCCAGAGGCAAGACCCCAGCUCUGUGUCUGACGGCAGACAACAAUAUCCUUUAUGAAUAGAGCCUGGGCUAUUGAUUCCUACAUAUAAAAUGACUUAUGUUUUGUAGUUUUCCGCAUGGUUUAAUGUCCAUGAUAGACAGACUAAGACGUUGUUAUUGAUCACAGGCACAUCUAAUGGACAAAUUAUCGACCUACAUAACAACAAAUUCUGAGCUAAUCAAUCUUCCAGGGUUGUGAAAACCAAGUAGGCUAUUUGGCAGCAGACACACUGACGGUAAUGAAAGUACACCCACUACUUUACGGUCUCAUCUACAGAUAUAUAUUUCUUAAUGUAAUGUAACAUUGGAGAAUGUUUUUGAAUUGUGACAUUUAUUUGCAUGAAUGCCCCUUUCUCCGCCAUACCCAUACCCUCUCCCUGGGUCCUGCUCUCUCCUCUACCCCUUCUCCACCCUCCUCUAACCUCCUCCACCCCAUCCCUUGUUUCUACAGACAUUGCCUCUUGAUUGCUCAAAGUGACCACAACCGGUCAUUACCUCCUCCCUGUCUCUCUACAGAAUUUGCGACAAACUGCACUCUGUCAGGUUGCCAGGACAACUGUUCGGUGACUCCGUCGGGCGCUGCAUGUUACUGUAGGAGUGGAUAUGAAAUAGGGCUGGACGGCAUGACAUGUAAAGGUGAGUUCCACCAACCUUACAACCUUUAGCCUUCUAGACUCUGACAACCUACAUCCUGCUACUGGCUUUAUAAAUAGUAGGCCUAUACCUAGUCAAAGUCUGGUGGGCAAUUGUCCUUAUCCAACUCGAAAGACCAUGAAAAAGAGCUGGAGGGGUUUUGUGCACUAACAAUGGCUAACCAGAUGUGAUUGGCCCAUGUGUAACCUACUGUGUGUUGGUCAGAUUUUGACGAGUGCAGUGUUUACGGGACCUGCAGCCAGUCCUGUACCAACACAGAGGGCUCCUACACCUGCAGCUGUGUGGAGGGCUACCUGCCUCAGCCCGACAACCGCUCCUGCAAGGCCAAAAAUGGUUGGUAUUAUUAAGACCUACCACUGCCACCACUCAACUCGUUAUUUUAUCGAACAGUCCCCUUGAUGCUUUCCAUGGGGCUUUUCAACUAAUGUACUGUAAAUAUACGGAUUCGUAUUAGCUGUUGACCACUUUGUUGAUCGCCUACCCUUACACCUUGUCGAGACAAUAACCUCUGCUCCAAAGUCCACUCACGCCUUCCUCCUCCCAUCCCCCGCUCUCUCCUCUCCUCCCAGUCCCAGUAGAAAGGAACUCGGUGCUGCUGAUCGCAAACAGUCAGAACAUCCAGGCCACGUCUUUGAGCGGUACCACGAUCAGCCUACUGUCCACCACCACCAAGCAGACCACCGCCAUGGACUUCCUCUACGCCCAGGAGCAGGUCUGCUGGAUCCACGUGGGUGACUCGCCCGCCUCCACCCACCUCAAGUGUGCCAAGAUCCCCAACCUCAAGAGCUUUGCUGACGAGAGGGUCAUCAACAUCUCCCUCAGCCUGCACCGUGAGUUCUAUAAUACAAUAUGA